AUCUUAACAUUGAUGGUGAUAUAAAAACGUUGUUAGAUAAUGAUAAAUACGGAUUAGCUUGGAUUCCUUACGAAUUUAAAAGUAUCAAAGAAAUCGGAAGAGGAGGUUUUGCAACUGUAUAUAGCGCGACAUGGAAAAGAACUGUUAAAAAUACUGACCCCCUCGGCACUGUCACUUUUACUGUCGCACUUAAAAAAUCUUGUAAAAGCGAUUAUUUAAACGAG